AUGCGUGUUGAUCUAGUUGAAUAUACAUUAUCGAAAGAAGUUGAAGAUGCAUUAAUAUCUAUUAAAGAAUUAAAAGAAAUAUCUAAAGGAACAAGAGAUUUUAUUAAAAAUUCACAAUUAUAUAGGGAAAUUAUGUAUAGUAAAAUUAACUUCGAAUCUUAUGAAGAUCCAUGUUCAACGAUUCAACCAAAACGUAUUUCUCAAGAUACACUUGAAGUAUUAAUUUUAUCCAAAGUAAAAAAUAUAAAUUAUGAAAAGGCCGAUUGUAAUGGAUUUGGAAUUACUACUUUA